AUGGAGGACGGCUACGAUCAUCACGAGGCUCCGCCCGCUGCCUACGACGAAUCACACAAUCCUUCCGUAAAGCAAGACCGAGACGAGCUUGACCACUCGCAGCACGGCUACCAACCUCACGCCUCGUAUGCCUCCUCGUCUAUCAACUUCAGCACUCCCGUCCGCAACUCUCACGCCGAGGCUCAAGCGGCACUCGAAGCGGUGGCCGCUGCUGCCAGUGCAGGCAAGAUCCAGAUGUCUCCACCUCACUCGUCUUCUGCCUCUGGCUCGGGUGGCUACAUGACCACCCCCGUCAGUGCCGCCGCUGCCGCUGCCGCUGCUGCUGCAGCUGCUGCAGCCGUGUCAGCGCAGGAGCAGGAUCCCGCGUCCCCCGGCGCAUCGGCCUCUCCCUUUGGUACUCACCUCGGCAGGAACAAGGCCUGUCAAAGCUGUCGAGCUCGCAAGCUCAAGUGUGACGGUCAGAAGCCCGUCUGCGGUCAAUGUGCUAAGGGCUGGCAGAUCAAGUUCCGCAUGGCUCAGAACAAGGCCAAGAACAAGAAGAAGGCGCAGGAUCCUGCCGUCCGAGCCGAACUCGAAAGCUUGCCUGAGACCAUGCCGCCAUGUGUCUACCUGCCCAUCACCCAGCGAACGCCCAGCCGCUCUGCCCGUGCCUCCAUCUCGGGUCAAGACCCGGACAGCUCGUUCGCACCCGAUACCCCAUCUGGGUCGGCAUUGCCUCCUAUGGAUGCUUCACCCAUGCCAUCCGCCGCAGUCAAAAAGCGGAAGCGCGCCGAUGACCCUGCCGACGAACAGGUGCUGCAUCUGCAGCAGGAAGUCCAACAGCUCAAGCAGCGUCUCGCCCAAUUUACUGGCGUCUUUAACGGCACGCAUCAGGCACUUGAUCCCAACCAGGGCGGUGAUGCCGCUGGACGUCAUCCGUCCAAGGACGAGCUCGCCAUCGCCCACAUGCUUGCCACAAGCAUGCCCACGGGCGAAGGCGGCUCCAACGGUAUGCCCCUGUCUGGCACCUUCGACUACCAGCAGGCCGUAGCUGCUGUCGCCGCCAACGGUGGUCUCGGCGGUGGUAACGCCGCCCACUUUGACGUCCUCGACCCCGCGCUCAGCGGUGCCGCUUAUCCUCACCCUAACGCAGCCGAGAUUCGCACCGACCCACGCAGCGCAGCGUACAAACAGGCCAAAGUGACCGCUGUUCAGGACGACAUGGACGAAGACGUCUUUGGCAACCCUCUCCUCGAACUCAUGGUCACCAGCUGGCCUGCCGAGUUCCCGCCGCCUAACCUCGUCAACCAAUUGGUGUCUACCUACUUUGAAAAGGCUGCUGUGCAGUCGCUGUUCCUCCAUCCCUCUCGCUUCAUGGAGAAGCUGUCCCAUGGCCCCGGACACCCUCGAUACCCAAGUCUCGGUCUGCUACACGGCAUCUUUGCCCUGGCUUAUCCUCGCCUCCGCAGCUCCGAUUUGCAGGCGGACGUUGUCGGUCAGAACGUCUUCCACGGCGCUGCUACUGGUGAAAAGCUCGCCAGUCUCAAGGCCGCCGCCGCCUUCCACGCCAAGAAGGCCAAGGAGCUCGGCAAGCAGGCGACCAAGCAGCAUCGUUUCGAAGAGGCAGCUCAGAUCGAGGUUCUGCUGUGUGCCUACUAUUACAUUCACGAUCGAUCCAUCGAGGCCUGGUUCUCGUCUGGCCAUGCAUGCUCGCUGCUCAAGGGCAUGGAGCUCAACCGCUUGCCCUCCAUCAAGACCUUUGCGUCUUCUCAAGACAUCCGCAAUCCUCCUGCUGCAGCGAGAAAGCAGCCCAAGCCGGCCGUCUAUCGUGCCGUGCUCAAGGCGCCUGCUGCUAGCCCGCUGGAGCACGAGGAACGCGUUCGUCUCUUUUGGAACUGCUUCUACAGCGACCGUGCUGCCUGCUCCUCGACGCACUGGGCGCAGAGCAUCGAUGACUUGGACAUCAAGACUGAGCUGCCUGGUGCCUUUGACGACUUUAUCAACAGCACCUCGGACCUCAUCUAUCGACCAAGGCAGACGCUCGAGUCUCCGGACCUGUUCACCGAUGGUCACUACGAUCCUGCCAUCCUCCACAUCAAGGCGGCGGUGCUCCACUCCAAGUGUGUCAGCCAUAUGUCGAGGCUCCCCAUCGAUGCCUCCGUGCACGACGUGCUGACGCCUGACUUUUACAAGCUCGACGGCUGGGUUACUGCAUUGAUCCAGAGCUUCCCUCGCGAGUGGCGAGAUCUCGCCGCGUUCGAUCCCACCCUGCGUCCCUCUUCGGGCUUCGACGAGCCGCCUUUCCUCAACGACGGUGUCAACUACCGCCCGCAGAAGCAGAUCAGUCUCAUGACCAACCAGCUGGUUCUCGCGCACGCGCUCAUGUACGGCAGCUGCAUCUCGCUGCACGAGCCUGUGGCGCACCGCAUGCCCGAUUCGGCGCGCAAAGCGGCCCAGGCGGCGCAGAGCAUCAUCAAGAUCCUCAAAGUCUUCAUUGCCGCUCGCGUCGACCUGCUCCAAGUCGGGUCGUUGAUGACGCUCAUGAUCGUACUUGCAGCGCGUUCCGUUACGCGGCAGUACAAGAAGAACCGUCGGGAGGCGGUGCAGGCGUAUCUGCGAAUGCGACGGUCGCAUCCGGACGUGGCGGCGCGAGCAUCCGAGGCUGGCUACUCGAGCGGUAUCAGUGCGGCCUCCCCCGCGAGCUCCGGCGCUAAAAGCCACGGUGCAACGUACAACGCAACGGGAACCAUGGGCCUCGACACCUCGGCCUCGGACGUCAUCGACGAAGACGAAGCCGCCGCUUCGGCAGAGAUCUCCACCGUCGGUUUCUCGGACAGCCUCGAAGACGAAUUGGAAUUUGCGCUCGACACGGACGCUGCGCUGCGCGCGCAGAUCGACCCGGAAGGCUCCCUCGCCAGUCUGAGGGACGAUUUGGAGCUCAUCUUCUGGAGCCUGAUCAAGUAUGGUGAGACCUACCCGCUCGGCGUUGGCCAAGCGAAGGUGGUCGCCCAGCUGCUAGGUAAGGACUAUUCAAGCGAGCUCGAGCAGGCAGGACUGUUCAGGAGGAGUGCGGAACCGAGUGUGUUGGGCAGUGCGAGCGAUGCAGGCAGUUGGACGGAUCACAAUAGCCCGGCCAACUUUGCCCCGGGUGUCGGCGUCGGGCAGCACGCUAGCCCGCCGCAGGGGAUGAGACCCAUGCGCGCUCCCCAAGGGCCACAGUACGGUCCUCCCGGAGCAGGCGGCGCACCAGGCGUGUAUGGCAGACCGCCACCCAAUGCGGGUGCGGCUAGCGCAGCCAGCUUCUUCCACGCUACAGAAGGUGGUUAUCGAUUGGGCAACUUUUAA